CACAGAAGUGCUAAAGAGAAGAGCAUUGCUGUACACUCGACCGUCUCUGAACGUGUAAGGCCUCGACUCACUCACUGACACAUGAUGGAGAGAGAAGACGGGACGCCAGACUUCCACAGACUGACCUCAGUGGAGAGCUGGAGCUCGGAUCUGUCCAGUGACUCGUGUGAAUACUAUCAGACGGAGAUCUUUGGCCUGUUGCCGAGCUCACAGGCUCACCGGCGGCUUCACACAGAAACCAUCACAGAUGAUCAGAGUCAGCUGGACAGAGUCUCCUGGAACCCCAGCGUCCCGCUCCGAGAUCUUCCCGUCUGUCUGCAGGACAAGAGAGGCAUCCGAGAGCGGCAGCCCCUGCAGAGACGCAGCAUUGGCUACUGGGACUCCUGGAGGCGGAGCCAGCAGAAGACAAGGCAGCGCUUAAAGGAGCACGUGGGCGGGGCCCUAUCAGGACUGUUGCCAUGGAGACACACGCUCCUUAAGAUUGAAGGUCAGUUUGGGGUCGGGGUGAAGGCGUACUUCAUCUUCCUGCGUUACCUGCUGUGUCUGAACCUGCUGUACUGCGUCAUCAUCGCCGGAUCGGUGCUGACACCAACGCUGGUGUUCGCACAGGACUCAAGAACUCACAGAUUUGUGGGAUUCCAGAACUUCUCCUUCAAAGACAUUUUUGUCGGAUCGGGUGUUCUUGAAUCCUCCCCAGUCUUUCAUAGUUUCUACACUCGUGGCUAUCUUGAUUUGGAUUGUUUAAACACUCCGAUCCUCUUUUUCCUUGGCAUGAUCUCUGUUCUCUUCCUCAGCAUCAUCUUGGUGGUCCGCAGGACAGUGGUGGGCUACAAACACUCGUGGCUCACAGGAAACCGCUUCAGCUCCAACCUGAGUUACAAGGUCUUCUGUGGGUGGGACUUCUGCAUCCAGAACCCUCAAGCAGCGUCACUGAAACAAAACUUCAUCAGGAACGAACUCAGGAUGGAUCUAGAAGAGCAGACGUUUCAGCAGAGAGUCCAGCAGCGAUCGCUCAAACACUGGGUUCAGCUCAUCUUCCUGCGGAUCCUGCUCAACUUCCUCGUGCUGGUUCUUCUGGGAAGCUCAUUCGUCCUGAUAUAUUUUGCCAUCCAAUGGUCACGAGUUAAGUGUCAGAAUCAUUGGACUGUGUGUCUGUUUUUGGAGUAUCUUCCUCCAAUCGCAAUGACGACAGUAAACUACAUACUUCCACACGUUUUCAGUAAGAUCUCAGAGUUUGAAGAUUACUCGCUCACCAUUCAGCUGAACCUCACACUUAUCAGGAGUAUUUUCCUAAAGCUGGCGUCUUUGGGCAUCUAUCUGUUCUUCUUCAUUAAUGCUCUAGCAUCUCAAGACCAACACAAGUGCAAAGAGAAUGCGUUUGGGAAGGAGAUGUACAAACUCACCAUCUUUAACCUCAUGGAGUGUUUCUUCAAUGCAUUUUGUGUGGCCUACCCAAGAAUGUUAUUGGUGGAGAGGUUUCCGUCCUCAAAGCUGAUGCAGUUAUUAGGCAAGAAGCAGUUUGAGAUCUCCUUCAAUGUUCUGGAUCUGGUCAACAGUCAGACAGUGACAUGGGUCGGCGUGUUUUACUGUCCUCUUCUGCCAGCCAUCAACACCGUCAGGCUGCUGCUCCUCUUCUACGUCAAGAAGUUCACAGUUGUGCGGUGUUGUGUUCCGCCUCAGAGAAUGUUUCGGACAGCCAGUUCAUCUGUUCUCUUCCAUUUCAUGCUGUUGUUGGGUCUCUUCAUGGCUGUGGUCACAUUAGUUGUCAAUAUCAACAGGUUUGAUCCGGUUGGGUGUGGCCCGUUUGAAGGCAACGGGAACGUGUUUAACGUGACCAGAGAGUGUAUAAAUACACUUCCCGAGCCGGUCAAGACCACCAUCAGCUACAUCUCAUCUGAAGCCUUCGCCUUCGCUCUCAUACUGGCCGAAGUUGUCAUACUGACGUCAUACGUGUCUCGUAGACGAGCGAAUCGUAAAGCCAUCGAAAGACUGAAGGACAUGUUAGUGAUGUGCAGCUCUGAUAAACGCUUUCUGGUGAAGCAGCACUCAACCAUCAUGAGACGACAGCAGAGACCACGUUAACAUCACGUAAAAAACAAUCUGAUCAAACUGAAACAAACGGUAGCUUUAAAACGUCCUCUUUGUUCAAAAAAGACAAGAAAUUAAAUUGCUCUAAAAACUUGAUCUGGAGCUACUCAGCAAAAAUGGUUGUUGUGUUUAUAAGUGUCAUG